UGAGUGGAGAAGCCGGUGUGCGCUCAGAGUGCCAACACUGGGACUAGAGCUACGUUAUGGAUAUACUGAAGAAUACCAACUAUGUGCAGACAGCCAGCAGACAGACAGUGUGUGACCAAAGCACGGUCGGUGACAUGCGAUGGAAGAAAGGACAAGAUCAGGGACAAAUGCCAUCAGAGCAGUCCAGGAUCAUUACAGACCCCGCUACUGGGAAGUGUUAUUGCCGUGGAAAAGUUUUGGGAAAGGGAGGUUUUGCGAAAUGCUACGAAAUGACCGACCUCUCCACCAGCAAGGUGUAUGCAGCAAAAAUUGUUCCCCAUGCGCGCGUGUCCAAACCCCAUCAACGGGAGAAGAUUGACAAAGAAAUUGAACUCCACAGAGGACUUCACCAUAAAAACAUUGUUCAUUUUUAUCAUCAUUUCGAAGACAAAGACAACAUAUAUAUUCUAUUGGAAUACUGCAGUAGAAGAUCGUUAGCACACAUUCUCAAGGCCCGUAAGGUGCUCACAGAGCCGGAGGUGCGGUAUUACCUCAGACAGAUUGUAUCUGCUUUAAAGUAUCUCCACGACCAGGAGAUUCUGCACAGAGACCUGAAAUUAGGUAACCUGUUUAUCAAUGACUCUAUGGAGGUGAAGUUGGGGGACUUUGGCUUGGCAUCCAAACUGGAGCCGGUGUGCAACAGGCGAAAAACUAUCUGUGGAACCCCCAACUACCUGUCUCCUGAAGUACUGAACAAGCAAGGUCACGGAUGCGAAUCUGAUGUCUGGGCCCUUGGUUGUGUUAUGUACACCAUGCUUUUAGGCAGACCACCCUUUGAGACCACUAACCUCAAGGAGACCUACAGGUGUAUCCGGGAGGCGCGGUACACCAUGCCCUCGUCACUGUCCCUUCCAGCCAAACAGCUUAUCGCCAGCAUGCUGUCCAAGGCCCCAGAGAAUAGGCCGCACCUAGAGGAUAUCCUGCGUCACGACUUCUUCACACAGGGUUUCAUGCCAGAGCACCUCCCUCCCAGCUCAUGCCACAGUGCCCCAGACUUCCAUGUGUCCAGCCCAGCUAAGAGCUUCUUCAAGAAGGCUGCAGCUGCACUCUUUGGCGGGAAGAAGGACAAGGCAAAAUACCUUGAGAACUUGAAUAAGCUGACAAAGGAGGAGGAAGACAUCUAUAAACUGCAACAAGACUUUCAAAGGACUGUUGUCAGCGAACAGCCGGUCACUCAGUUCACUGAGGAUGGGGGCUUCACAGCUGGAAAGCAAGCGCUUGUGACCACAGAUGGCCGUCCUCAGAGGAGAGACACCAUUCGCAUGAUCGUGCGAGGCAGCCUGGGGAGCUGCAGCACUAGCAGUGAAUGCUUGGAGGACAGCACCACUGGUACCGUAGCAGAGGCCAUCGCCAGCGUCUUACGGGGAUGUCUUGAGCACAUGCCUAAAGCUGAUAGCAUUCCCAAAGGAACAAACACCAGCACUGUUCGCUGGGUGACCAAGUGGGUGGACUAUUCCAACAAGUACGGAUUUGGUUACCAGCUGUCAGACAACAUUGUGGGCGUCUUGUUCAACAAUGGAACACACAUGAGUCUUCUUGCUGACAAGAGGACUGUGCACCACUAUGCUCAGUUGGGCCAUUGUUCAGUGUUCUCAGUCUCUGAAGUGCCUGAAUGCUUUGUGGGACAAAUCACCAUCCUCAAGUACUUUGCACACUACAUGGAGGAGAACCUGAUGGAUGGCGGAGAUGUGACCAGUGCCACAGAGGACCAAAUGCCUAAAAUUUACCUUCUGCAGUGGCUCAAGUCAGACAGGGCAUUAAUGAUGCUCUUCAACAAUGGCACCUUUCAGGUGAACUUCUAUCAUGAUCACACCAAGCUGAUCCUGUGGGCCGAAGAGCAGGGGUACAUGCUGACCUACAUCAACGAGGACCGCAUCUCUACCACCCUCAAGCUGAGCGCCCUCCUGAGCUCAGGCUGCUCGUCCGACCUGAGGGAACGCAUGGAGUACGCCCUCAACAUGCUCAUGCAGAGGAGCAACUGAAACCCACACACACAUAUAUAUACACCAUCGGGGGCGAAGUGCAGCGCGGACCCCUCAGUACGGUGCCAUUUUGGGUUUUCAAGACUGUGGAGGUCUUGCGCAGGAUGAACUACCUGAACUACACUGGAGAAGUACUCUCUGACCAAAUACUCCCUGCACACUGAGCCAACAGGAAAGGGCUGUACCGCAGUGUAUGUUGACAGAAUCGAAGAUGGGGAAAGUGAUUGAAAGGAUGUGGACGACUGUUAAAGGAUUUUUGUUUGUUUUUUUUGUGUGUGUGUGUGUGUGUGUGUGUGUGUGUGUGUGUGUGUGUGUGUGUGUGUGUGUGUGUGUGUGUGUGUGUGUGUGUGUGUGUGUGUGUGUGUGGAACCAUAGUGGGCUGGACCCAGAUGGACUGGUGUUAGCCAUGAGAUGUCUGUUGAUAUGGAAGGCAAAGCUGGGCUUGUGGACUGUUAUUUGUAGAGCAACUCUGUUGACCAGAGUGGUGUUUCUACAGAUAAAGCAAAGAUGGCAGAGAAGUGUUUAACACU